UUGGUUCUUAUCUUUGUUUAUGGUAAUAGAGCGCCACCUUACAAUAUCAAAAUAAAAAACACCAGCAUCUUUAGUAACAAGGUCAACAACACCAAAUAUCAAGGGAUAGCGGAUUUUCGCUAGUUCGAGUGGUUUUUACAAGUAAUCCGAUGUAAACGCGCAAUCCGGACCCUAAGCGAUCGACGUAAAUGUGUUAGUUAAUCAGCUACACCGUCCGUUUUCCCUAAACAUCUCAAACCUCAGCAUUUGAAGUUUUACCCCAAGAAGCGAUUUAAACGUUUAAAAUGUUACUUCCAACAUAAGAUGUAAAGUAAAUGUAACAUUUCAACAAUAAGAAAAAUGGCAGGAAAAAUGUUGGAGCCGGAUAGCAACACCAGGGAAAUCCAUCUAAGCUCAAUAACAGAUCCAAUUCAGAAUAAAACUUAUCUGGAGUCAGUUAGCUGUUUUGAUAGCAAUGGAGGUGUUAAAUACAACGAUUGCGAUAUGUUACCGAACAAUAAUGUGUGUCACAAAGUGCCCGUUUCUCAGUGUUACAGUGAUAGUGAAUGCUCGAAAAACGAUGGAAUGUCUUCGGGAAAGGAUUCUUAUACUCCCUCAGGAGAAAGUGGUGCCUCUGAUGUCCCAAUGCUCGAAAGUGAUACACAUUCAUUACAAACAUCAGAUUCUCAAGAUGGUAUAUCACCUGAUGAAGCUAAAGUUCAUGAAUCUCCCGACUCGCAAUCAAGUAAGGUCGAGCUGGAUUCGGCCACGGCGAGUUAUGUACCAGAUGAAUCAACUUUUAAUUCCGUCUUAAACGCAAGUAAUGGAGUAAUCAAAAAAUCAACCGACAAACAAAGAAAAAGAGUUGUAAGAGGCAGACCCCGUAAAGGGGUUAUUUCAACUUACGAAAGUCAAAUCAGUGGGGAUAAAAACACCAUUAUUAUUAGGAUUAAGAAGAAUCUAACUGCUCAAGUGUUAGCUAGAAAUAAAAAGAAAAGCGGAAGAAGGAAAAAGCGAAAUCAAUCUGAUACCGAUACAUCAGAUUAUGAAAGUUCCAUGAAAAAACCGAAAACCUCAAUGGACUUUUUAAACGCAACUCCAGCAGAAGAACCUCUCGAACAGAGCGUUUGGGGCGACCAAAUCCCCGAGCCGAUAUUACACAAAAUCUUUUACCAUGCGUCUCUCCAAGAAGGCAGCUUACCAUUAUUGGUGCGCUUGUGUAGAGUUUGCAAAUUAUGGCGUCAAGUCGCUUUAUCUACGUCCUUAUGGCAAAAAGUCGAUCUUAAUUGGGUUUCGGAACGAUAUCGUACCGAUCAAAAACUCAAUUGGUUAAUUGAUAAUCGACUAAUACAUUGUCAAGAUCUUAAUUUAGGGAUUUGGAAAGUGCGUAAUAUACAAACCGCUUUGGAAUAUAUUGUCCAAAAUUGUACAGAGUUAAGAGGACUUAAUUUGAGCGGAUGGAAAGGUUUAAAUGCUGAUAAUCUUAAGUAUAUCACAACGGAAUGUGAGAAUUUAGAAAGACUUGAUUUAUCAUCUGUAAAUUCUGCAUCGGCAAUUAACGCUCAACCUUUAGUGAGUUUAGCCCAGUCAAUGAGUAGCAGAUUAACACAUUUAGUUUUGGCUCAUAAUAAAAUAGCUGGGUUCGCACAAAUUAUGUCUGCGUUAGCUGCAAAUUGUCCAAAUCUUCAAUUAUUAGACAUAUCUAAUAUAAGAACGUUCGCUCAUAACACUGCUUUAUUACACGUUGAAAAAUUACAAUCGGGUUGUCCAAAAUUGCGUGUUUUAAGAAUGACCAAUAGUCAAAUUUGGUUAGCCCCGGCUAGUUUAUCCGAUCAAGUCGCAUCACCGGGAUUUCCAAUGCUUGAAGAAUUAUCUUUGGCUGGUAUCGAAGAUGAUCACAAAAUGACUACAGCAAGGUCAAUGGAUGAUGAUGGAAUCGAAAGGAUUUUAAAAAAUAGUACAAAAUUGAGGCUUUUGGAUAUUAGAGGGUGUAUAAAACUUACUGAUUCUGGAUUGGUUAAGGUUCCAGCUUGGGAUUUGGAGCAUUUAUUUUUAAGCGCUUGUUACAUUACAAGAACUCAUAAUUCUGGGAUGGAAUUAAUCGUUCAAAAAUGGGGUCAUAGUUUGUUAGAAGUUGAUUUGGCUUGGUCUACAGCUACGAAAUCUUUAGAUGCUGCUGUUCAGGCACUUGCUGAUAGAGGAGCUGAAUCCCCUCUGAGAUCGUUGAAUUUAUGUGGAUCAUCAGUGAGUUUAGAACCUGUAAAAGCAGUCUUAACGAAAUGUCAAAAGCUUCAAUCGAUAAAUCUUCAAUCGUGUCGAGCGUUACCGAGAGGAAUAAAACGUUUGUAUACAGGAGAUGCUGUUAAAGAGUUACGAGAAAGUUUGAUGGAUAAACCUAAAACGGAAGAAGCAGAGGAUCUGCAAGUUUCUCCGGAGUACAGUGCUCAGUAAUAUUUUGUAAAUAGUUGAAAAUGUAUUGUUUUUUGUAUUUUAUUUUUUCUCUUGCAUUUAAUUGUUGGUGAGGACAAUUUUUGUAUGUCAACAUUAUAAUAGAAAUUGUUGAAUUUGACGUAAUCAAAUGCUAGUUAAACCUGUUUUCUUUUUUUAAACUUUGUUAAGAAUUAAUAUUGUAUUAUAAUGUUGCAUUAAUCACGUAAAUAUAUAAGUAUAAGUAUAUUUAAAUGAAAUAAAAAAGAUUUGGUGAGAGCCCUGGAAAUUAUGAUAUAAUUUAAUAUAUA